AUGGAGAAAAGGCGGUCUUCGUCUUCCAGGGGUUGUCUUCAUAUCAUCAAGAGAGCUGUUUGUAUGCAUGGAUCUUCACCAGAUACAGGAAAAGGGGAGAUCAAGUUUAAGUCAUCGCAAAAGAAGGGGCAUAUGCUCGGUUUGUUCGCUAUUUUUGAUGGUCACCUUGGUGAUCGUGUACCGAGUUAUUUAAAGGACAACCUCUUUAACAACAUACUUGAAGAGCCUCGCUUUUGGAUAGACCCCAAGAGUGCUAUAGAAAAUGCUUACCACUCAACUGAUAAAGUUAUCUUAGAGAAUUCCAUGCACUUUGGACCUGAGCUGUCUUGUGCCAGAUUGGAACCGCCAGACAACUCACCGUGGACCAUGAGCCACACAAUGAACAAAAAAGAUUUCAUACCAUUCUUAGUACAUGCAAAAUCAUGUUAUCCUUGCGUGAUGGGUAACCAAGAGGCUGUCAAUAUGGUAAGAUCCAUUAAAAAUCCUCAAGCAGCAGCAAAGCGUUUAACCACGGAGGCUUUGAAGAGAAAAAGCAAAGAUGAUAUAUCAUGCAUUGUGAUCCGCUUUGGAUAA